GCGUUAACAGUGUGAGGGGAUGGGGACGGAUCGUUUGCUAUUAGCGGAGGUAGGACCGCCAAUAAAGCGGCGAGCAGGGUUACGGAGGAAGCAGGCGGGUAGAGGCUCCUACAGGGGAAGUUAGGGCACGAAA